CAGGCAACAGGGAGCAACUGAAGAGAAUGAGGAGGAAGAUACUGAUUUAGAUUACAGUGAUUUAAGAGCUGAAGCAGCAGUUCAUGCCCAGUUGAGAGCCGAAGCGUUUCAAAAAGCAGCUAAAGCAAGAGGAGAGAAACAAGGAGAACUAGCCAUGCACUACGCACAAGUGGGUCAUAAGCACACUGAGAAGAUGAAUGAUGCUAAUAGAAGAGCAGCCAUGAUGACUUAUCGGAUAAAGAAUAAAGGUAGAGAUAAGAACAGUCUUGAUCUACAUUGUCUUCACGUUCAUGAAGCUUUACAAGUACUGGAGGAGCGACUGAUGGAGCCACACAAAAAAGGCGAACAGUUGUUCGUUAUCACUGGGCGUGGCGUCCACAGCAAAGGGCCUCCGAAAGUCAAACCAGCUGUUUGGAAUAGACUGAAGAAAGGAGAAACAAAAUGGAAGUUUUUUGAUAGAGGAGGGAUGAUAGAGAUUAUCUUUUUAAUGGAUAACAAAUGAAAGAAGUUAAUAAUUUGAAAAAAGUUUUAACACAUUAAACAUAUUUCAUGUCUUUUUUUCUUGUGUCUUUUUUCCUCUGCCAUAAUUAUCUCAAUAUCAUUUUAUCACUUUGUUGUCCUUCCCUCCCCUUCCUUAUUUCUUAAUAACUACAUAAUACCAGUUCACCUCUCUA